AUGAUCGACAUUCCAUCUCGUUACGAAUAUUUCCUAUCAAUUGGUUCAAAUAUCAAUGAAAUAUGUAUAUCUCCUCUUCAAUAUGCAGCAUAUAAAAAUAAUAAAGAAAUUGCCGAACUUCUUAUUUCACAUAGUGCAUGCGUCAAUCAAAAUAAUUACUAUGGAAGAACCCCAAUUCAUGAUGCAGCCGAAUAUAAUAGCAAAGAAACAGCCGAACUUCUUAUUUCACAUGGUGCGAACAUCACUGAUAAAGGAAUAGAUGGAAAAACUGCUCUUCAUAUUGCAGUUUUAUUAUUAUUAUUUAAAUGCUGA